AUGACCCAUCUAGUGCCUAGAAUACUGGGCUUUGUGUUAUUUGUACUAGGUGCUGCAAUUCUUUUAACGGAAGUCAUGCAUUCUUAUACUCGCUAUAUUAGGCAAUCAGAAACAUAUACUGUGACAAGUGGAGAUUCACAGGAUCCACCGAAAAAGCAGAAACAGCUGAAAACAUUUUUUAGUCUCUACCGAAAUAUGGAUGAGAUUAUUGAGCAAAACACUGAUACAAUCCAACCUAGAGUUCUAAACGGAUCAGCCCACGAGUUUUGCAACAACACAGAUCACUGUAUUCGACCGUUUAUGCGCCACGAGACUAGAUACAGAGUCGCGCCGGAUUAUAAAAUGGCUCACUGUAUUAUGUGCUACUUGUACAAUCGAAAUUACUAUUUGAAAGUUGACAAGCAGAUGAACAUGUCAGAGUGGGAUAAAGCUGCACUAUGCCGAGGGGACAACACAUUUCGACACUUGAAAAGUCUUCAAAAAAAGUACAAUGUUAGUCAAACGGGUGGAUGGAGUUAUUCAAUGAUUACCCGCGACCCCAUUGACAGAUUCGUAUCGGGUUAUGUGGAUAGAUGUAUAAGAGUGGCGGAAGGGUCCAGUCCGUGCAAUGGGUGCGAUAAGAAUAUGACAUGCUUCAUUUUGAGCGAGUAUGAGAGAUUCAAAAAGCAAGCCAUCAAAGGGGUUCUCACAAACACUUUUGAAGAUCGACACUUUUAUCCGCAAAACUGGAGAUGUGAUAUUAGAUCAAUGAGGCACAAAUACGAAUUCAUCCGAUAUUCCAGUGACCCAUCUCAACAACUUAUGGAGGACUUGUUCAAAAUUGCCCGACGUCAAGGGGUACCUGAAAACGAAUUAGAGUUCAUUGAAGAUGAGCUCACCAAGAAUCGAAAAACAACACAUACAACUGCCUACUCGCCAGCACGAGAGUUCUAUCAAAAAAGAUUGCGAGAAAAUCCACUGUUAAUGGAAUAUGUUGUAAGAAUGUUCUACCACGACUUUGUCAUCCUCAAUUACCCAUUUCCCGAGGGCUUCUAG